AUGGGGCUCUUCGACAAGCUACAAUCAAACAGCAGAGUACUCAAACUGACAUUUGUGGUGGCAGAACUGGAGCUCUACCGCUUGGAGCAGAAAUACGCGCGUCGCAAGAACCGGACGACCUUCACCACAGGCGCGGUAUACCAGGACGGCGAAUACUUCUACACGAGCGCCGCCGACUCGAGAAGUCCGACCAUGUCGACCAAUUCGACCGGCAAUUCGAACGACAGCUCCGCAAGCAACAACAAGAGGAGGACGCAAAUGUGGGUGCCACCCGAGCAACGGAGAUGA